AUGGCUCGCCCUUCGCCCUUCUUCCACGCCGCCCCGACAGCCACGGCCGAUUCUCUCGCCAUACUACACCUCACCCGUGACAACCUGCUACCGAUCAAGCUCCAGACGACCGCCGACGAUGGAUACGCAGAAGGGGCCGUCACGAACACGCGCUUUGGCUCGUUCCCCCACAGGACCCUGAUUGGACUGGAAUGGGGAAGUCAAGUAAGGGCAAGUAAGGUUGAUACGGGAUCGAGGGGUCGAAAGGGCAAGAAUGCGAAGAAACAAGAGGAGGCUGCUGAAGAACAAGGAGUGGCAGAGUCUUCCAACAAGAAGCGCAAAUCGGAUGGACAGCCUGACGACACCCCUGCUUCUCCCACCAAGAAGUUCAAGCCCAGUCACGGUGAAAUACCGAAUGGUACCAAGAAUGACACUGCCAGGCCGCCCAUAGAAGCUGGCUCGGGUUUCAUCCACAUUCUGCCCCCUACGCCAGAAGCCUGGACGUCCUCUUUGGAUCACCGAACUCAGGUCGUCUACACUCCAGACUAUAGCUAUAUUUUGCAACGGCUGAGAGCACGACCGGGAAGCGCCAUCAUUGAAGCUGGAGCAGGCAGUGGCAGCUUCACUCAUGCCGCCGCACGCGCAGUCUUCAGUGGCUACCCAGGCGAUUCAUCCAAGCUCUCCAGAGGACAAAGUCAGGGCAAGGUCUACAGUUAUGAGUUCCACGAGCCUCGCGUACAGACUCUCCGCGACGAAAUCAAAGACCAUGCUUUGGAAGGUAUCGUCGAGCUAACUCACCGCGACGUCUGCAAUGAAGGAUUCAUCCUCCAGGACAACACUCCUCCAUCUGUGGAUGCCAUCUUUCUCGAUCUACCUGCUCCGUGGCAAGCCCUCAAGCACCUCUCUCGCUCCACACCCAGUUCUCCUCUGAAUCCAGAAUCAGCUAUCCACCUCUGCACCUUUUCACCCUGCAUCGAACAAGUCAUGGCCACUGUUUCCGCUUUGCGCAAGGCCGGCUGGACUGACAUCAACAUGGUCGAAGUCCAACACAAACGAGUCGACGUGCGGCGGGAACGAGUCGGUCUGAAAGAAGAAGGUCUGCGAGGAGUGAAUGCGAGCGCCGCCAGCGUCGACGAAGCAAUUGCCAGGUUAAGGGAGGUCGAAACAAAACUAUCUGACUUCCAUGCCAACAGAGCGGUUACUAACAGUGCGAACAGGGAGGAGAUGGCAACGAAUGCAUCCGGUCAAAAGCAUCCUAGUAAGCAGGAGAGACUGGAUAGGAUCAAGAGGGAGGCUGAGGAGAGGAAGUUGUACAAGGAGGGCAACUUGGUGCACAGGACUGUGCCGGAGGUCAAGACUCACACGAGCUACCUGGUCUUCGCUGUCCUGCCACGCGAAUGGAAUGAAAGUGACGAACUGAGGUGUGCUGAGCAAUACCCCGUGGAUGAAAUCAUGAGAGGAACUCCAAAAGACGGACGAGCAGAGCCAUCCGCCAGCAAAUAG